ACUCCCACUCUAAGCGCAAUAUAUAUAACGAGCAGACUGGUUACAGAAUUCAUUAAAAGUGAGAUCUUCGUCUAAAGUCGAACUAAGCAUACUUUUCGUGAAGAACCAACAAUUUCAAAUAAAAAUGAAUAAUAUUAAAAAUAAAACUGUAUUGGUUACCGGUGGAGCGAAUGGUCUUGGAUACAAAUAUGCUGAAGAUCUGUUAAGAAAUGGUGCCAAGAGAGUAGCUCUUUUGGAUUUAACCAGUUCGAACGGUGGUCAAUCUGCUGAAACCUUGGAAAAAGAAUUUGGUAAAAGUAAAGCAAUUUUUGUACCUUGUGAUGUAUCGAAUGCUACGCAAUUCGAUGAGGCAGUAAAAACAGUUAUUAAUGUUUUUCAUACAAUUGAUAUCUUCAUUAACAAUGCCGGUAUUUUACAUGAAGGCCAUUGGGAAAAAAUGAUCGACAUUAAUGUCACGGGUCUCAUUCGUGGAUCCCAUUUGGCUUUAGAUCACAUGAGUAAAUUAAAAGGUGGCAUAGGUGGAACCAUUGUAAACAUUGCUUCUAUUGUUGGAGUUUCUACCGAAUUUUCAAUGGCUCCCGUAUACACGGCAACUAAACAUGCCGUAGUUGGAUUCAGUGAUGCUUUAAAAAAUCUAGAAAAAUAUACUGGUGUUCGUGUACUGGUCAUGUGUCCUGGUGUUACAAUUACAAACUUGUUUGACGGUGGAGACGAGAAAUAUUACAAAUAUGCCGAUCCUAAAUUAAAAGAUGAACUUUUGACAAAAUACCCUCAACAAACGGUAGAAAAUGUUUCGCAAGCAAUGAUGGAUCUCAUUCAAAAAGGCAAAAAUGGUGCUAUUUGGGUUAGCGAAGGUGGACAACCACCUUAUGAAAUUAGUAUUCCUGAUUACAAGGUAUUAAAUCACACUAAAGUAAAUAAAAUGCAAAUAAAGGACAAACGAGCAAUAGUAAUAGGUGCAGCAAGCAAUUUAGGCUUGGCAUUUAGCAGAGAAUUACUGCGCAAUGGUGCAUCCAAAGUCGUAAUGAUUGACAGUCGUGAUAAAGAAGGAACAACGGCGAGAGAUAAAUUAAAUUUUGAAUUUGGCAAAAAUCGAGCUAUUUUUCUUCACUGUGACGUCACACGUAAUACCGAUUUCAAUGUUACGUUAAAGGAUGCUAUCGAUAUACUUGGCGGUCUCGAUAUAUUAAUCAACAACGCUAGCAUGAUAAAUGAAGCUGACUUUACAAAAGCAAUCGAAGUAAACGUGACAGCUUUGACUCGUUCCACUUUACUUGGAAUACAACAAAUGCGUCGAGAUUUAGAUGGUAAUGGUGGUGUUGUAGUUAAUGUUUCCUCGAUAGCAGGUUUAUGGUCUUUACCACAACUUCCAGUUUAUUCUGCAACCAAACACGCUGUGGUGAAUUUCAGCCGUUCCUUUGCACAACCAUAUCAUUAUCAAAGAACUGGCGUGAGAAUUAUAGUACUUUGUCCAAGUUUAACCGAAUCUAAUCUCGAAGAUUUUCGAAACAAUCUUAGUGAUCCACAAGUUUUGUUCAAGUAUCAACCACAAAGUUUUUGUUUUAACAGGGUAGAAUCGGUUGCACAUGGAUUGGUAUAUGCGAUUAGGUGCGCUCAAAAUGGAAGUAUAUGGAUCAGCGAACAAGGAAAACCUGUUUACGAAGUACAAUUAUCCGAUAGUUUGCCACAAAAAACUGAUCAAAUGGAAGAACAAAUGUAUUUCAACAUGGAAACAAUAGUUUCACGGAUGAGCAGAAGACGUUCCUCGGCCUCAGAAAGGGCCAAGGAAUUGGAAGAAAUCAAAGGUUUCGUAUCUGGUAAAAAUAUUUUAAUAACUGGCGGUGCUGCUGGUUUAGGAUACGCUUUCGUCAGUCAUUUUCUAAAACAUGGAGCAAACAAAAUAACGAUACUCGAUAUUGACGAUGAUACUGGUAAAAAGAUUGCCUUGGGUAUUGAAAAGUCAUACGGUGAAAAAAAAGUAUAUUUCAUUCAAACUGACGUAUCUAAAAACGAACAAUUAAUAGAAUCCUUCAAGGAAGCUUUAAUGUUAAUGGAGGACAUCGAUAUAGUAAUUAAUAAUGCUGGAAUACUUGACGAACGACGUUGGGAACGUGAAAUUGCUGUUAACAUUACUGGAAUGAUCUCAACGGCGAUGUUGGCUGUAAAAAAUAUGAGCAGAGAGAAAGGAGGACAUGGUGGAAUAUUGGUGAACAUCAGUGAACACAUAAAUAUUUCAAAUACUGCACAACUUCCCGUUUAUGCAGCGACAAAACAUGCUAUUAUCGGACUCUCACAAUCUCUCGCAGAUCCUGAUCAUUAUGAAAAAACAGGGAUACGUGUAAUCACGUUGUGUCCUGGAUUAACUGAAACCGGUCUAACAGUUGACAGUCCAAACAAAUUAUUAUCUAGAGUUAUGAAAGCAGAUUACGUAAAAAAUUUGGAAAAGGUUCCAACGCAAACACCAUAUGUCGUCGCACAAGGUUUGUUAAAUAUUCUACGUUUUGGUGAAUGCGGUAGCAUUUGGGUUAUCGAAAGUGGCCGUCAACCUUAUGAAAUUUAUGUACCGGAUCCUCAUACUUUGCGUCGACGUUACAAAAACAACGUAACUUGCGUCGAGACUAAAAUUGGAAAAAAUCGUAGGACAAAUAAAACUUGCGAUAAUGAAACGAGAACGAGCGUUAUUUGCACUUGACUGGAAAUAUAAAGAUAAUUUUAAAGACGUUGUUUCAAUGACAAGUUGACAUAGUACGCAUUUUCUCCUUUUUUUUUGUUUAUAUAUACUUUUUUGUUAAGGAACGAAGACGAGAGAAAAUAAAAAGAAGUGGAAUAAAUUUUAAGCCAAUUGAGGCGCCGUUUCAGGAAUAGGAAAUAAAUGUUCUGAAAAUGUUCAGACACGUCAAGGAUCAAUGAGAAAUAAAUAAUUAAUAAGAUACCAAAAGUAAGAGGUCGAUUAUACUAUUACAAAGAUUAUACACCGCGUAUUAUUAUUUCAUCAUUUCAGUAUUAUUCAUAGCAUUGGGAUUCACAAUAUCCGCUGUACAAAACAAAAACUUAUCGUUGGAAAAUCGCGUACAUCAUAUAAUAAUAUUCUCCCCACGCGUAAUGCAGGAAACU